CACGACCUUUGGCCCGAUAUCUUAUCACCAGACCCUGUUUGUUACCUCGGUAUUUUACUAUUAUUGGGAAACGCGAGGAAAAAUGCAGUCCACCAAAACUAUGAGGAAGCGAGUCUCGAGAGCUUGUAAUUUAUGUCGGGCGAGAAAAGUGCGGUGCAUCAUUGAGAAUCCGGCUGGUCCUUGUGUCAAUUGCAGACACAACGACAAGGUCUGCACAUUCAAGCGCCGCCAUGGAAUAAUAUCAACGACUCCUUCACUACGACCAAACGAACCCCCGACGCCCCGAUCCAUCGAAGAAGCAACAACCACGACAUCCGAACCCCGAAACAUCCUCCCCGCAACACAGAAGCCCUCACCACCAUCAGCCCCUACAACAAUCGCGCAAACAUCACAAGAAGCAUCGAAUUUCGCGCAAAAUGCCGCUGGAUCGCCAACGCAUCCCGAUUACGCAUUUCUCCAAGUCCCUGAUACAAAAGACCUGCUCCCGCAAGAUUUAGCAUUCCUCGUUAGUCAAGGAUGUUUUGUGGUGCCGCAGCGCGCGGCGCUGGAUGAUUUUCUGCGACAGUAUUUUCUGCAUGUUCAUCCGAUGCUUCCGAUACUGAAUGAGAAGGAUUUUUGGCUUUCGUAUAAUUCGGUGGAUAAUGAUGUGGAGUAUGAGAUGCCGAUGCUGGUGCUGCAGGGAAUAUUGUUCAUUUCUUCUGGGUUUGUUUCGUCGGAAACGAUUAAAAUGCUGGGCUUUGAGGACGUACAUCAAGCCAAACUCGCAUUCUAUCGUCGAUCAAAGCUUCUCUAUGACUUCAGCGUCGAAAAGUCUUGCAUCGCCAUAGCCCAGGCCUCCCUCCUCCUCGCCCACACACACCUCAUCCCCCGCUGCAUAGCAGGCAACAAGCCCCUCGGCUCAAUCUGGCUCGGCAUCGCCAUAUCCUACGCCCGCGUCGCCAAAGCCCACUGUUACUCCUCCCUCCGGCCCAGCAAAGACACCGAAGUCGCCAAGGUCCAAAAACUGCGCAACACCCUCAAGCGCCUCUGGUGGUGCUGCAUCAUCUGCGACCGCCUCCUCCCCCUAACAUCCCGCCAGAGCAUAAAAAUCACACCCUCAAACUUCAGCUUCUCAUGCUCAAAGUUGGGAAGUGCGGAUUUGUGCGAUGAGCUGUAUAAUUCUGAUGUGUACGACUCUACGACCAAGACUCUGCAUGCCGAGUUGCUUUCGAGACUGGUGGAUCUUUGUGUGGUGUUGACGGAUGUUUUGACGGUUACGUCGGUGCUUUAUAAUAAUCCGUCGUGGAUGUUGUCGGGGAGGAUGGAGGUUGGCAAGGAUGCGAGUUUGUGUCAGAUGGAGCUUUGUCGGUGGUAUAGCUCAUGGAGUGAGACCAAGACGACGUUGGAUGAGAGGAUGGCUGAGGAGGUUUCUCCGGCGUCGUCGAUUAUCUUGUUCAAGAAUCUCAUUGAGAUGUACUACCACUCAGCGAGACUCUCAGUCUGCCAUUACAACAUUCUUCGAUCAAGUUUAUUACCGCCCUCUCAAUCCGAUACGCAACUUCGACGACAAAGUGAGGAUCUUCAAGGUUCAGCAUCACGCGUCACAGAAUGUCUUCUCGAAUUCGACCGCCUAGGGCUAUCACGCUGGCUCCCAAUGACUGCCAUCGGAUGCACAGCAUUCCCACUAGCACUUCAAAUGAUCGAUGUCGAACUCCUCCGUCCCAAGAAACCUGCAUCACCAGAAGAAGGCGUCAAACUCACCCAAAAGGAACAACACGUCGAGAAUAUUCUCAAGCAAAUGAAGAGCUACAAAAAGAAAUAUUACAUCACAGACUGGGUCAUGCGGGCUAUUCGACAUGUCGUUGAGCUUGCCAGACAACGAUCACCGGCACCCAUGGCUUCUGAGGAUGAAUCUUCACCAAGUAGCUGUCUCGAUAUGCUCAAAACACGACCGAGUUACUACUUACGACUCGUCAUGACGCUCGAUAUGAGUAUCAGCAACGGCAGACUCCCAGACGAAUGCGACUUUCCUCCAUCGUUACGAAAAGCAGGUCGGGGCCUGGGCUCCAGAUCUCAAGCAACCUCCAUGCCAACCGUCGACGAACAAUCAAUGAAGCGUUUCUCCGCCAUGAACAAACAUCUCAUCCCAGACAAUCUAACAGACUUUGUGGAUCAAAACAACAUCAUGACUUCAAGCCUGCAAACUCAAGAUCUACGAAACAUCGACCAAGAAGCGUUCUUCAACAAUAAACAGCCCUUCCCCGCUGAUUUAACAGCAGCGUUAUGCGAAAUUACGAAUAUUCCACCGCUGGAUUUCAGCGAUAUGUCUUUGAUGGAUUCAACACAUUUUAACGACUUUGGCGGCGUUCCUUUUUGGCCUUAUGAUUUAUUGGGGUCUCCGCCUGAUCAGGCUGUUGGACAAGUUGAGGAGGUUGGGAUGAAUGAUAUGUUUAACGGAUUGAUGGGGGAUAUGAAUGAUAAGAAUUAUGAAGGGAAUGGUAAGGAGGGUGGAGCGAAUGAUAUGGUUGUGGAUUCUUUUUGA